CAGGAGGACCAACAUAUCCCACAGUCCUCUGCGCCCGUUCGCUCACAGGAUCUGUGAGACCGUUCGUGUCUGACGUGUUUUGGGCCGUAAUGAAACUGUCUUGUCUGUUUGUGUACAUUUAGCUCUCGGGUUUGUUUUUAAGGCCCGUUUUCAGUCAGACCUCUGCUUGGUCUCGGUGUUUUGUCUCUGCGGGACUCUUACGGUAAAGCGUCUCUCCGUUAAGAUGGCUGAUCACUGGAACAGGGGACAUGGUGCUGUCGAUGAUAUGUUGGAUGCAGAAAACAAACGCAUGGCUGAAAAUCUUGCAAGCAAAGUAUCCAGACUGAAGUCGUUGGCAUAUGACAUUGACAAAGACGCUGAAGAACAGAAUUCAUACUUGGACGGCAUGGACUCAAACUUCCUCAGUGCAACUGGACUGUUGACGGGGAGUGUGAAGAGGUUUUCCACAAUGGUCCGUUCUGGCAGAGAUAACCGGAAGAUCCUGUGCUAUGUGUCCAUAGGCCUAGUCCUAAUGUUCUUUGUGCUUUACUAUCUAGUCAGAAGAAUACAGAAUUGACAGAUAUUUUCCUAACAUUUUCUAUUAUUUCUCUUCUCAGUUUUAUGAGAAAAAUAUUGUUUUGUAUGAAUGCAGUACUUCAUUCUUGUUUACACAAGAAAACGUUUUUACUGAUGUGCUCAGCUGGCAUCGCCCUGGUACAUAUAAAGAGAAAGAUUGAACAGAAAGAUCGUUGAUUGGAGAUGCUUGCUCACUAUAGUAAUCUUGCUUUGCUUGUAUUACAGUUAUAGCAUUAAAAAUAUAUAAAAAAAUAACAUGAAUACUCGGAGGACCAGUUUCCAUUACUUCAGUCUUUUCUAAUAAUUUCUGUACAUACAAAAGUGACUCAUGGGUGUGAGGACUAAAAUUCCGUAUGGCUGGACUAUGUUUGUACUAAUAGUUGAGUAUGUGACUAAGAAUAGAGUUAUCUUGUUUAUUAUUAAUAUUAGAGAUGUUACUGCCCUGCGAUGGACUGGCGACCUGUCCAGGGUGUAUUCUGCCUUCUGCCCAAUGACAGCUGGGAAAGGCUCCAGCACCCCACCGCAACCCAGAAGGAUAAGCGGUUUAGAUGUUGGAUGGAUGGAUUAGAGAUGUUACUAAAAUGACCUUUUCUGUUAUUCAAUAAAAUUUCUUUUAAACAUCUUUUUUA